GCAUACCUCCCAUCUUCUUUUUCAAAGCUAUCUUUCCCGUCAUUUGAGACAGCGAGCCUUACAGUUCUCUUUUACUAAAGAAGCUCGACACCAUGAGCGCAACAACUACCACACAAGUCAAGCCUUCCAAGGCAAACAUCGGCGUCUACACAAACCCAGCCCACGACCUUUGGGUUGCGGAGGCCGAGCCAUCACUCGAGGAGGUCAAUAAGGGAGGCGACCUCAAGGAGGGCGAAGUUCUCCUCAAUGUCAAGUCUACUGGAAUCUGCGGUUCUGAUAUUCACUUCUGGCAUGCUGGCUGCAUUGGUCCCAUGAUUGUCGAAGACACCCACAUCCUGGGCCACGAAUCUGCCGGCAUAGUCCUCGCGACGCACCCCUCCGUAAAGCACCUCAAAGCGGGCGACCGCGUCGCCAUCGAGCCCAACAUCCCGUGCUUCGCCUGCGAGCCCUGCCUGACGGGCCGCUACAACGGCUGCGAGUCGGUCGAGUUCCUCUCCACGCCUCCUGUCCACGGCCUCCUCCGCCGCUACCUCAAGCACCCGGCCCUGUGGUGCCACAAGCUGCCCGAUAACCUCACAUACGAAGACGGCUCGCUCCUCGAACCCCUCUCCGUUGCGCUCGCCGGUAUCGAGCGCGCAGGCGUCAAGCUCGGCGACCCGGCUAUCGUCUGCGGCGCUGGUCCCAUCGGCCUCAUCACACUGCUUUGCGUCCGCGCUGCUGGCGCCGCUCCCAUCGUCAUCACCGAUAUCGAUGAGGGCCGCUUGAAGUUCGCGAAGGAGCUCGUCCCGGGUGUCCUGACCCACAAGGUCGAGUUCAGCCACUCCCCUGAGGACUUCCGCAGCAAGGUCCUCGAGCUGACAGAGGGUGUCGAGCCCGCUGUCGCGCUUGAGUGCACUGGUGUCGAGUCCAGCAUUGCGGGCGCCAUCCAGGCUGUCAAGUUUGGCGGCAAGGUGUUCGUCAUUGGUGUCGGAAAGAACGAGAUCAAGAUUCCCUUCAUGCGAUUGAGCACCAGGGAGGUGGAUCUCCAGUUCCAGUACAGGUACUGCAAUACUUGGCCCAAGGCGAUCAGGUUGGUCAAGAGCGGAGUUAUCGAUCUGAAGAAGUUGGUCACACAUAGGUUCAAGUUGGAGGAUGCGGUUGAGGCGUUCAAGACGGCUAGUGACCCGAAGACGGGUGCUAUCAAGGUGCAGAUUCAAAGCUUGGAAGAUUAGAUGAUUUGCAGGGAUAGGUGUUUCUUUUGA